ACAUUCUGAAGCAGAACAUGACCUCCCUUCAGAAACUGGGCCAAAAAACAGAAGGAACCUCAAAAGCUGUUGAGCAUGUCCCCCAAACAAUUGCACCGACACUGAUUAAACAGGGAUUUAAUGUAGUUGAACAAGAGAAGAUUGACAAGUUCAUGCAGGAGUUGGAUGGCACUGAUAACAAGUCCAAAUUUGGUGCUAAUGCCAUCCUGGGUAUAUCCUUGGCUGUGUGCAAUGCAAGAGCAGCAGAAAAAGGUGUUCCUCUUUACCAACAUAUUGCCGACCCAGAGGUCAUCCUGCUAGUGCCGGUAUUAAAUGUGACAAAUGGUGGAUCCCAUGCUGACAAUAAGCUCGCGAUGCAGGAGUUCAUGAUCCUGCCGGUGAGUGCCAGUAGCUUCAAGGAGGCCAUGCGCAUCGGGGCUGAGGUCUACCACAACCUAAGAAACAUCAUUAAGGAGAAGUAUGGCAAGGAUGCUACCAAUGAUGGAGAUGAGGGUGGAUUUGCAACAAAUAUCGUGGAGAAUAAGGAAGUUUUGGAGCUGCUAAAGACUGCCUUCAGCCAAGCAGGUUACUCUGAAGAUGUGAUUGGUAUGGAUGGGGCAGCAUCACAGUUUCACCGGAAUGGAAAAUAUGAUUGUGACUUCAAGUCACCUGAUGACCACAUUCGUUACACUCCCUCUGAUGAACUUGCUGAACUGUACAAGACCUUUGUUCAGGAUGACCCUGUGGUGUCCAUUGAGGACCCAGUUGACCAGGAUGAUUGCCAGGCCUGGCCCAGCUUUACAGCCCCUACAGAUAUUCAGGUAGUUGGGGACGACCUGACCGUGACUAAUCCUAAACGUAUUUCCAAAGCCGUGGCGGAGAAGGCCUGCAAUUGUCAGGUGCUCAAAGUGAACCAAAUUUGAGUCCCUCCAGCUGUGUGAAAACCCUUCUCUGGGUUUUCUCCACAGAAUUGAAAAGGAACUGGCGAUAAGGCUCAUUUCGCAGGGAGGAAGUUCAGGAACACACUGAACUGAGGCAGAACUAUUGACUACACCGAAAGCCCAUGUUAUGACAAUCUAGCUUUGCUUGCUGUCAGUAGAGAAAAUUACAGCAUACCAAUAUUAUUCUGUACUGUUUUUUUGGGUUUUUUUUGUAUCAGAAUGGUUAAAAAGUAUAUUAAAGGAAUGUAAGCAGUAUUUACAGUUAUUAAAAAAAAAUCUAUAUAUAUAAUAUAUACAAAUAUAUAUAAUCAGUGCUGUGAACUUAGUCAUUUACUGAGAAUUUCAUUCAUAAAGAACCAAUUAUAUGUCUGUGGUUUUAGAGUAUCCUGUGGUUGCAGCAGAUUAAAAAUAAACAUGACCUUAAAAAAA